CACUAUUCGAACAAUCUGGUGUCUAAGAUCUUUUAUUGGUAAGCUGACAAACAAACCUCAAUGGCACAGCAUCCAUCCGUCGUCCAGCACAGCCAAAAUGGCUUCAUCCGCACAGAUCAGUCGAGCGGCGGAAGUCUGAUGGUGGCGGUGAGACGAUCACACACAAACACAAAUAUAUAUUAUUGGCGGUUUGGCUGGCAGUGGUCAGCAGCAGCAGCAGCAGCAGCAGCAUCGGUUCGCGCGCAUCAGUUGACAUUUGACUUUGGAACGAUACGGGUCGUCGGAUCGCGGAUGAUUGUGGCGCUGUGUGCUGGUUGCUGGUGAAGCAUUACUACGUCGGGCAUUACUACUUGGCAUUACUCCGUUUUCAAAAAGCGCACUGAUGCAACGGUCGACGAUGUCUGGUGGUGCUUCCGGUUGGUGCUUCAGGGUGGCAUGUUGCCCGGCGCUGCUGCUGCUGCUGCUGCUGACAAACCUGCUACAGCAGGCACAAGUUUCGGCCAGUUCCGUUCUAGUGGCCGACUUCCGGAUGACGCGGAUGGUCGAACUUAGCAGUCGACCUCCUUACUGCAAGAUCCACUCUGAUCGUGGAGACAUUCAGCGAAUGUUGCUGGCAUCGGACACGAAGAAGGUGCGGCAAGUGCCGCGCGAAUCGGUCAUAGCACUGGAGGAAGUGUGCGGCGAAGCGAGUGACAUUUCCGGCGAGCUGCAGGGUGGUUUGGGAUUCAUCUAUCCUGGCACAAAAUGGUGCGGACCGGGUAACAUCGCCACCAACUAUUCGGAUGUGGGACGGUACGCUGCAGAGGAUCAAUGCUGCCGGGAGCAUGACUUGUGCCCGAACAUACUGCUGCCGGGUGAAUGCCGCCGUGGGCUAUGCAACCGUGGGACCUUCACCCGUUCGCACUGCGAUUGCGAUGCGCGGUUCCGGCGGUGCUUGCAAAACUUAAACACGGAAACGGCCAACACGCUCGGUGCUAUAUUCUUCAAUGUCGUCCAGGUGACAUGCUUUGGCGAGAGAAGACCGUGCUCGGUUUGGCAAAGUGUCAGCCAGUCCGGCUUCGACUGUCCCGUUCAGUUCUAUCGCUCGGGCACGUACAGUUUACCGUAUGCCGGAGCCACAUACCACCACAGCAGCAAGCACAAUGCGCUACGCAACUCGCGAUCGUUUGAUAUAGCGCACUCGAACGAUAUUGCCGACGGGAAUCGGCUCAAAAUUGAUUCGCUAGGCUUAAUAUCUCACAACCUAUUUAAGGAUCUGUUUGUGCGCCCCCUGAACGGGUACACACGGUACUUCCUAACGACCAAAUCGAUCGUCUAUGGUUGAGUGUCGGUUAGAACCGGCUCGCUCAGGAACAGUAUUUAUAUCGUAGACUGAUUAGUGUUGGGUGUGAAUAGUAGUCAACCACAGGCACACACUCACUUUCGUAGCUUUUGUAUGUAUGUAAGUACCUAAUCCCCUGGCCUCUGGUCAAACAAUACUCUAAAGCAUGCUCAGAGCGAAAGCGAGCGGGUCAAAUAUAAUUUGCAUCAGAAAAGCGACCAUGAGCACCUACCCUGCAAGAGCAGAAGAAGAAGAACGUAGAAAGUACUAUUGUCGAGCAACAAAAAAAGGGAAAGUUUGUCGCGGCGGAAGAAUUGUGAAUGAAUGUCAUUGGCCAGGAAACAGAACGCAGCGGCCGACGGCGGAAAGUAGAGCCCCACGGACAAUGGGUGGGCUUCAACCAGACGGAAGCGGACGAGCUUUGCUCGCGGUGGAAGUAUCGGCCGAGCGAAAAGUACAUCCCGAUCAUGCAGCAAAAGUCCAACAAAUAGUCCAACACCGCUUCCGGGAGUUCACCGGAACCGGGCGGAGCCGGUUCGGGGAAGGGUUCGGGAGUGUAACGGCCACAGGGGGGAAGGGUGAUCUGUUAAGGAGCACUACUGAAAAUGGUACAAGGCACAGCAUCCACGGUAAAGCAAAUGCGCCAAAGAGAUUUGAUUCGUCGGUGUGAGCCUGCUAAGCUGCUUAGUAGUAGUGCUAGUAGUAGUAGUAGUAGUAGUCGUUUUCGAUCUAGAGAUCAAGAUUCUCAGGUAAAAGUAUGUAGCACGAGUGUUGUUGGCUAGCUAUUUUUUUAUUUUUAUUUUGCACGUACAUAUGCAGACGAACAGAGAUUAGAAAGCUUUUUUUCUACUUGAUCGAUUGCUUCAAAAGUUAGAUUUUAGUAGACAAUAAAUGCAUGGAAUCAAACAAA